ACAAGCCGAAGUUGCAGAACGGGAAAUAAAAAUUCCAUUCCAAUGUUGGGGGUUUGUAUCGUAUCUGGCAGCACCAAGAAUGAUAAAGAAAAGAAACCAGACCAAAAUAAAAUACAAACAGAACACGCAUACAAUCGUACCAAACUGUCAAUUGGUCGUCGUAGCGCGAAUGCCACAGAGACGAAGAAGACCACAAAAGAGCAUUGUAUGCGCCCAACCGGUUUAACAAAAAAAACCGGCCAAAGACGAUCCAAAAACCGGUGUGUCCUUGCUGUGUUCUCUGCCCGUGAAAUAGCGUUCUACCUUCCGUCUGUCCGUGAUGCAGUGAUUUUUAAGUUCGAAUUCAACUCGUACUGUUGAAGGUUUGCACUACGCGGCGGCUGUUGCGUUCGUGCGGUGCAAGCGUUCCUAUCUUGAGCAUAUCUCUUGCGUCUUGUGAUUUUGGAACGUUCGGGAGUGGUUACCGAUUGUGAAACUGCGUCGAAACAUAAACUACCUCAUGAGAAGAAACUGCUGGUGGCUGAAUUCAUAGUCUUCCUAGUCAACAGAACGAUCUUCGUAAACGAUCGUAUUACCGCCUGCGACAGAGUGAAGUAUCAUCGUCAGCUAAGGACAAAAGUAGUUAGCACAUUCGCCUUAAACGGACCUCAACACCACAACUACCCAAGUUUCAGUGACCUAAGUUUACCUACGAACCAUGGCCCAGCGUGCCCUACGACGUGUGUUUGUGUACGGGACGUUGAAGCGCGGUGAACCGAACCACCAUUUGCUAGCGGAAGCCGACAACGGUUACGCCAAGUUUAUCUGCAAAGGGUCCACGAACCGUCGGUUUCCGCUGGUGGUCGCCACCAGGUACAACAUUCCCUUUCUGCUGGACAAACCAGGCACCGGCAGUUACGUAACGGGUGAGAUCUACGAGGUGGACGAUCCGCUGUUCGAGCAGCUGGAUGUGCUGGAGGACUACCGGAAGCUGUACGAUCGGCAGAUCGAGGACAUUAACGUCGGCAUUGAAGGUGGUAAUGUGCCAUGUUGGUUGUACCUGCUGCGCAACUGCCCGGACCGGCUGUUGAAGUUGCCAAUGCUAAGCGAAUACCGAAACACGCUGGAGCAACCGUACUCGCGCAGACCUCCUGGAACGGUGAACAUCUUCGAAGAGCUGCUUAAGGUUGAUGAGUAGUGGAAACGGUGUCCGGUGGGUGUGGUAAUGGGGUUGCGAAGCCGAGGGAAGCGCGUUCCCCCUUCGGUGCGCUGCGGAUGAAUAUCCUUUUUAACCGGUUAUCCUAUAAGGACGUAAAGUGUUGUUUUUUUUUCUGUACUUAAUGUUACGUACAAGGGUGUGGAAUGUAAUAAUGAUAAUAAAACGAAUGUCAAUUCCGAAGUUCCAAAAACACAAGUGUCACUGUAUGGCCAUAGAAUCCGGGUAGGAACAUAACCGUUCACCUAGAACGAUCUACGAUAUCUGUUGUAAUAAAAAGUAAUUGUACGAAUACUUA